AAUGUCGAUACACAGGUUGGAAGGUAUGUGAUGUGGAAGAUGCACUGGAUACUGAAUUUCUUGGAAUCCCAGAAGUUAAAUCAGUACGGACACAAAAAUGCAGAAGCCUAGAUGAGAACAAUAUUGUCAUAUCAUCUCAUUUACUGGUUGGGCCUCUGUCAUCAUACGUCCAAGAUGGGCUUCUUAAAGAAGAUCUACAAGCAACUAGACAAUUGUCUGCCAAGUGUUUCUCAUUUGAAAGCUGCUCCACAAGAGCUCUCAAUGUUCACCAAGACAAACAGUUACAGAGCACACCCAACACUGCAAUUAGAAUAGAUUCAUUCCUUCCAACAAAGCCAAGAAGGGCACACAGGUGCAGGAACCCCAGUGAUACUUCCUUCAAAUUUUCAGAGAUUAAGCAGAUCCUAUCUCUGACACAUGGUAGCUUAUCAACCCCAUUUACCCAGAAAGCUAUGCAAACUGCUAUCAGCAAAGAAAAAGAUGCCAAAAUAACAUCACACCAUCUCACCUAUACCGAUUGUGCAUUUCAGGGAUUUUCAGCAGUGUAUCCAAAAGAAACGGUACCAACCACACUUCAGGACUUUAAUCACAAUAAUUUUUGUGCUGACCAUGCCAUGCUAAAGUCUGCAUCAGGAAGCAGCAUAUCUGAUGAAAUAAGAGCACUAAGCAAUACUUCACAAAGCUGCACUUCCAUGAUUCUUGGAAAUAAGUUUAAUGUAGGUGACCAAAUAAAGAUCAACCACAUACAGCACCUGUUGGACCCUGGAACCUCAAGUUGCUGCAGUCUAAAUUGCUGUUUGGGUUCUUUAGUGCAGGCCAUGGCUCAGUACAACUUACAGUGCAUGCCUUCUUCUUUGCAAAGGGUAGUGAUUAAGAGAUGUCAUCCAAACAAAGGCCAGCAUCCCACCAGGCAAAGAGGGAGAAACAUGUCAUACCAACAGAAUCAACAAGUGAUUGAAAUACCCUGGAGGAGAGUUCAAAGGGACACAGCGAGAUUCUCAGAACAAACCAUUGGCAGUGGAAAACAGAGACCUGAGGCUAUGGAGAGAUUUUGUGAGCCAGACUCCCAGCGUUACCAGACUGCUGCAGAGCCUGAGAUGCCAAAGAAUUGUGUCACAGUGCCACUUAUUCUCCAGGUUAUUAGAGAGAGGAUGAAUCAAGCCUCUACAGAAAGAAGUUCAAUUCACUAGUUAAUUACUUUUACUUACCUUUUAAGGAAAUUCCUUUUUUUGAAAUUGCUGUAGAUUUUAAACUACCACUAAAUGAUAAACCCUAAAAUAUCACUAUAAUGGAAUAUUCUGCUUUUUGGUCAUAUCUUUUCUUUUUUUACUAUGAUGUUUAGUGUAAUCAGAUAUAUUAUUUUUUGUAAAUAAUCAUAUUUCUGUAUAGCAAGGUCUAUAUAUAUAUAUGUUAAUAAACUAGGAUUGACUAGGGCUAAUAAGGGAACACAAAGAAAUAGCUUGAAAUUGAAAGAUCCCUCUGCAAUUAAACUCACACAACUUGAUAAAAUAUUAUGGUGUAGUUUUGUUAACUUUAUUGUGCAAGUAUAGUUUAUCUUCCUAUUUACUGAUAAUGUUGAUAUUAACACUAAUACCUAUAGACAACGUACACAAUUUCUUCUAGAUUUUUUAUUCAAAGAAAUCUUCAGACGAUGUAAUUUUCUACAGUGUAAAAGGUAAUGACUUCUUAAAAUAACAAAGGAAAGAAUAUAUGUAAUAAUUGUACAACAAUGUGAAAUCCAGAAUUUUAACAACAGAGUUACAAAAUCAUUGGCUAUCCAGAUGAUACUGUAAAGGUUUAAAUAAUGCAAAAUAAAUCAAUAAAGCCAUUUCCUUGAUUCUUUAAACAGAUGUGAUACAUUAAUCCAUUAAUAUAUUAAUAACAUAUAUUAGUCCUAAUAUCUGUGAUACAAGCAAAUUCUGGUUCAGCGGCUGUAAUAUAAAAUUCCAUGGAAAAAUAAACAUUUUAUUCAAAGAUUAGAGCCCAGAAAGCUGCUUAAAGUCAUAAACUGCCAUCAAAUCUCAGCAUUAACACACUUAUCACUUAAAUUAACAGGUGCUGAAGUACGCUUAAUUCAAAUGCAGAAAACCACAAAGCAAGCAAGUGAUUUUCAUGCAAAAAUUCUUAUUGUUUCUAUUACUCAUAGUCACAAUCAUAGUAAUUAUCAUGUAGUGUACAUGGUUCUAAAAGGGAAAAGGAGCAAGAGGGGGGAAUGAUGCAUUUAAUUUUUAGGAUAUUGUUAAUUAUUCUGGCUAUUGUGAAGCAGCUCAGAAGAUAUUGAGAGUAGAAAUCAGCUUGGUUAAAGGUGCAAGUUAUAUUCUUAAUCUAAUCACCUCCUGCCGAGAGAAGUUUAAUUAUAGUGAUAAUAUUCUUUGAUGAUAUUCUAUGAUUUGUGCCUCUCUGGGGAGUUAUUAUGAAGCCUCAGCACUGUAGUCAGCUAUUGUUUACAUUAAUGGGCUAGAAACCACAAAUGUUACUGCUCUGCAGAUUACUCUGAUAAUGUUAAUAGAAUUUGGGGUUUACAUUGCAUAAUAUUCAAAGGACAGUAAGUAACAAAGCAUAUUUGAUGAAUAACAUAUUCAUCAAAAAUACAAAAUUAACUGUAUUGCAUCCACGAAAGCAUUGCACAGUUUAUCUCACAAUGCUAUUUUAAGGUUAAUUUAAGCCAGUCAUUUUUUUAAAUAAAAACCUUUUAUUUGGCUUUUACCAGGUUACAGAAUGUUAACAAUGAUGUAAUCCUCAAGGGCCUGUCAUCUGUCCCUACGUUGAAAAAAACAAGGACAAACAAAAAUAUAAAACCUGAACUAAACAUUGAAAAUAUUCACUGUUCUUGCAGACUAAAAAAACAGCACAUGAAAGGUACCGACAAUGGGAAUGUCAUUUGGCCUAACUAGCUCAAAAUGGGUUAAUAUCAUUUGUUUUCUAAAGGUCCCUGAUGUUAACGAGUUUUGUGAAUGUUUGUGGAAAAAGUAGCAUUCAUACUGAAUAUAUUAUUGUAUAUAAACAUAAAUUUUAAUUAUAUUACUGUAUACUGCUCAAACUAAAGCAGAAAACUUUAGACUAUUUCAAAACCUACUAUUAAGUGAAUAAUAUUAUUAUUAUUUAGAUACUAUCGAUAUCUUAAUUGAGAGACACAUCCAGAGAGAGAAAAUCUUAUUAAAUGCAAAUUUACGAAUGCUCAAGUCCUUUCAGCAACAAACAGACAAGAAAGAGGCCAGCUAGUGCUCAGUUAUAUCUCCUGGUACAUUCAGACACAGCCUGAUGAAGACGCUGUGAGAUCCCAUUAGGCAUUGAACUACCUCCAGAGUGGUACCAUCCCUGACCAUGCUGAUGACCUCUGACAGGUUCCGAAAACACCUACUGUAACACAAUCUGAGUCACUGUUUACUGCUCCUACAACAACACCACAACUACAAAUCCACAUACGAUAUAAAAGUGACCAAGAAGGUAGGGAACUGGAACAUUAUAUUAUAUAUGAGUGCCUGUAAAUCACAACACCUGGUGACUUCAAAUCAUGCUGAGUUAGUUUCAGUAGCCUAUUGGUUCAUCCAUGAGCAGUGACCUUACUAUACUGUACAUGUUGACCAACUCAUGCUGGCUAUCUCAUGUUACAGUAGCUCUGUUGUAAUAUUUCUAUCAUGUAAUCCUUUAAUUGUUUGGAGCACUCAACAUAUAACAUAUUUUAUUUACUUACAGUAUUAAGGACCUGUCUACCAAUGAGUAUGAGAGUAAAUUAUAUUUCUCAGAAAUAGUUUUGAAUAUAAUUGUUUCCUCUAAUCUAAAAAUGAACACAUUUAUAAAAGGUCUAAACUUGUCUAAAACCCUCGAUCAUAUCAUUUCUUAGUAGGGGAUAACAAUAAUGGUAUAAGGAAAGAAGACGUUUGGUGCUCUCGGCACAUAAAACAACAAAACCUUUCCAAAUAUGAAGGGUGACAUUAAAAAAAAGUCAUAAUAACUACUCUACUUAUGAAGACAAAAAGCAGUAUCCUAUGAAAGCAUUAUGUAUCAAUAUGCUUUUUUGUGGAAUGUUGAUAUGUAUUGUAAUACUAAUUAAACAGCAUAAUGACUUUUAAUUUACCAAAAUAGAUUGUUUUAUAUAUUAUGAAGGUGUAUAAAAAGUAAAAUUGUACCAUACAUAGUGAAAUAAUGCUUAUCCUCUGCCAACAACGAAAGAUGAAAUUUGACACAUCAAAGAGAAAAGCAGCAU